AUGAAGUUCUACGUGCGUUUCAAGGGACCGGAAGAGACACCCUUCGCCGGUGGCCACUGGAAGAUCCACGUCGAACUACCCGAUCAAUACCCAUACAAGAGCCCGAGUAUCGGGUUUGUGAACCGGAUUUUCCACCCGAACAUCGAUGAGCUGUCGGGUUCCGUUUGUUUGGAUGUCAUAAACCAGACAUGGUCGCCCAUGUACGAUAUGAUCAACAUCUUCGAAGUCUUCCUUCCUCAGCUCCUGCGCUACCCCAACCCUUCGGACCCUCUGAACGGUGAAGCAGCUGCUAUGCUCAUGCGGGAGCCGAAAAGCUACGAGGCAAAGGUCAAGGAAUACGUAGCCAAGUACGCCAGCAAAGAGGCCGUCGACGAAGCCGGAGAAGACACAGAGUCGGAAGACGAACUGAGCUCGGCAGGCAGUUACGAGUCCGGCGGCGAAGAGCCAGCCGGUACAAUGGACGACGUUUAGUUCUGCCGCAGUUCAGUCUGUCUUAGACCAUUUGCGUCUUGGUUUCAACAUUUCACACCAGUAUAUUGCAUAGGCAUCGUUGUCUAUUAUCUGUUUUCGGUGUUAUUUACUAUUGCUGCUUUUAUCUCUUGGGUGUCAGGCGGGAAGGCGUUUCUGGCGGAGUUCUGUCGUUUCAAGGUGCAGCAAUCGUCUACGACGGUCGCAAGAGACGGUGGCUAAUGGGCGAUCGGAUCAUGUAACGUGGGGGUGUGCAAGUGCAGGAAGUCGACCGGCUGAUCCGUAUCUCUUCGACAGCAGCGUGACUUCUGCAGUGUCUGUUCUACUUUCCACCUCUCGCAGAUGUUCCAACAUAAAGACUGUAUAUCGCUAAUGGAGCAUUAUUGUUAUAUUGUAACCGUACUAUGGUAGUAUUAUAGCAUAGAAUAGCAUAGCGG